GAGGCGCCAUCUUCUUUUCUUUAUUCACUGUUCCUUUGGAACAUUAUAUUCACCUAUUCCCUGUGUGUGUGUGUGUGUGUGUGUGUGUGUGUGUGGCAGAGCCCGUGGGGUUCGGUGGCCCCGGCAGCUCCGGCCUGUUCUCUGGCUGAUGUGAUGAGCGAGCAGCUGGCCAAACAGCUGGAUGAGGAGGACGCCACCUUCCCUGCGCUCACUGAACCGGGAGCAGAUCUGCUGUCGUCGGGUGAUGCUCCUGAAACCACCAGUGACCUGAUGCUCGCCAAGAUGCUGCAGAUGCAGUUCGACCGUGAGUUUGAUGAUCAGCUGCGCCGCGAGGAGAAGAAGUUCAAUGGAGACAGUAAAGUGUCCAUCUCCUUUGAGAACUACCGCAUGGUUCAUCCAUAUGAGGACAGCGGCAGCUCAGAGGACGAGGUGGACUGGCAGGACACGAGACACGACCCCUACAGAGCAGAUAAGCCUCAGACGACACCGCGUAGAGGAUUCGUUGGAAAAGGCAAAAACAUCACGACCAAACAUGACGAGGUGACCUGUGGUCGUAAGAACACUGCGCGCAUGGACAACUUUGCUCCUGAGGUCCAUGUCGGCGACGGCCUGGGGAUGGACCUGAAGUUGCCCAAUCAGGUGUUUAACGCUCUGAAGCAGCACUGCUACAGCGAGCAGAAGCGCAGCGCCAGGCUGCACGAGAAGAAGGAGCACUCCACCGCCGAACAAGCCGUGGACCCUCGCACUCGUCUGCUCAUGUAUAAGAUGGUGAACACUGGCGUGCUGGAAAACAUCAACGGCUGCAUCAGCACGGGUAAAGAGUCCGUCGUCUUCCACGCCGACGGAGGGAGCCUGGAGGAGGAGCCGGUGCCGGACGAGGUGGUGCUGAAGGUGUUUAAAACGACGCUCAAUGAAUUCAAGAACAGAGACCGCUACAUCAAAGACGACUAUCGCUUCAUAGAUCGAUUCAGCAAACUGAACCCUCGCAAAAUCAUCAGGAUGUGGGCCGAGAAGGAGAUGCACAACCUGGUCAGGAUGAAGAAGGCGGAGAUUCCCUGUCCGGAGGUGGUGCUGCUGAAGAAACACAUCCUGGUGAUGUCGUUCAUCGGUAAAGACCACGUUCCUGCUCCCAAACUCAAAGACGCCAUGUUGGGUUCAGAGGAUAUGAAGAACGCCUACUACCAGGUUCUACACAUGAUGCAGCAGUUGUUUCAGGAGUGUAAUCUGGUUCAUGCUGAUCUCAGUGAAUACAACAUGCUGUGGCACGAGGGGAAGGUGUGGUUGAUCGACGUCAGUCAGUCCGUGGAGCCCACUCACCCUCACGGUCUGGAGUUCCUCUUCAGAGACUGCAGGAACGUCUCCACGUUCUUCCAGAAGAGAGGAGUGAGUGAGGCGAUGAGUGUUUACGAGCUUUUCAACAUCGUCACUGGACUGAACAUCCCGGUCGGUGCUGAAGACGACGCUGAAUUCAUCGCAGAGAUUGUGGCGUUGGAGAAGAGGAACGAGGAUCACGUGCAGAGACGAGGGAAGAAAACCUUCCCCAUCGACUCUGAAGACGUCAGCCCGCCUUCAAGCCCCGGGGCAGCUGACUAACGCUCGCCCGGCUCGCUCUGUCUUCAUGAUGUUGCCAUGUUGAAAACGCUGGAAGAAGACAAACGGAGGACGCUUGUGCCACACCCCCUCCACCAACCAACUGCUUCCUGUAAACAUGCAGGGUGGAGCGCCUCCUCCUGGCUGCAGGAGGACUGAUUGGACCCAGGUGGAUGUUGAAGUCGGAGCGUCCGGGCGGCUGUGAGCCUCCUGCAGAGUUUGCUCAUAUUUGCUCAAACUGACUUCAGUCAGAAUCGUUUAUUAUUAAAAGCUUCGUUCAAAAACUGAGAUUUAUUUGAAGUUCUCGUGGAGAAGUUCUCAGGAUGGAGCAACCCUCGAAAUUAUUGAUAUUAUUCUUUGGGUUGAUGAUACAAGAAUGACAUGUCGGGUUUGAAUAUUUGACGUAGGCUCAGUGAGUUUUAAGAGCGAGCAGCGAGAAGAAUGAGAUCAAACAGGAUUGAAGGAGUGAAAUUGAUGAACAGUUUUAUAAAGUGAAUUAAUCCUCAAAGAGAAAAUCGAAACACUAAAUGGAAAAUGUGGUUAAAUAUAAAGUUCUGAUGCUGCUUUUAAAAACAAAGUCUUUAUUCUUGAUCCAUCAUUUUUUCUGUUUCUCUCCUCAUCCUCGUCUCAUAAAGUCCGUCAGGCUGCGUGUUGUUACCAUGACGACAAACACUGGUGAGCUCAUUGGCAACAGGUCGAAGAACAACAUUCGUUCGACACAACACGAGGAUAAAUAAAAAUAAUUCAGACAAAAUACAGUUUGUUGAAAAAUCAAGUAUUAUUCAAAUCAAGGAUCAUUUUAUCAUAGAAGUUAAAUCUGAUUAUUAAUGAGACGUCUGAUUUCAGUUCUGAGCUUCAGUUCCACCUUUGAUUUUAAAUGUCUUUAUUAAAACCUUAAGAAAACUAUAAACUGACCUGAAAUAAUUCAGCAGCAACAUCUCGGGAAUGUGGGAGAUUAUUUUAGACGACGGAAACAUUUUGGUGACACGUGAAACUAAAGAGUCAAACACGAGUGAAGCAGUUCUGAGCUUCGAGUCAUUUUAAUGUAAACGACGAAGGUUUAAAUUUGAUCACAGACGAACGUGUGUUUGACUUUAAUAGAUAAAAAUGUUAUUUGAUGAUGUCACAUGCUGUUGGUUUGAUGAUGUCAUGAAUUAUUCACAAUAAAAAGAGACGAAGAAGA